AUGAUCAAACCUUUGGCUCUCAACUUGCUAUUGGCCCUUGGGUCAGUAGCUGCCGCCUCCCAGCCUCGCGCUGAUGAAGGUGGCCUUUCUGCUCGCUACCCUGCUCCUGUCAACUGCGGCAACUUGGCCACACCUGAUAGAGGAAGCUGCAAAUGCACCGACAAUGACGCUGUUCUCAACGCCGCCAAGACGGCUUGUAGCUGCAAGAGUGGCUUCAAGCAGGUCGGCAAUGAAUGUGUCAGGGACUGUGGCAGUGACGCUGAAUGGAAGGGCUCAUUCUUCACGGGCUACGAGUGCAAAUGCAAGUCAUCCUACCUCUCUUACACCGCUUCCACAAAGUCUUGCACCUGCAGCAAGUCUUACCAGGAGGAUCGAGGGGGUAAAUGCCAGGACAUCUGCCCCGGCGCCGUUUACCACCCUUCCGGCGUCCCCGAGAAGUGCGUCUGCCCUCAAACAUCCCGGAAGUUUGACUACACUGACAAGAAGUGUGUCAACAAAUGCCCUGCCGAUAUUACCAACUUCAAGCCUUCCGACAUCGAAGCCGGUUUCGUCUGCGAAUGCAAGAGCCUCGACAAGAAGUUCGCCAACAACAAUUGCAACACCCCCAAGUGCCCUGUCUCUGGUUCCAAGUUCAAGAGCGAUGAUGCCCAGGGCAAACCCAUCUGUGAAUGCGAGGACAAGUCCAAGAAGCUUGUUGAUGACGCCUGUGUACUCAAGUGCCCCAAGAAGGACGAAACUUUCAGCAAAGAUGGUGACAACGAUCCUGUUUGCGUCAAGAAGUGUCCUGAGGAGGGUACUGAGUUUGAUAGCGAUGGCCCCAACGAUAAGGCUAUCUGCAAGUGUGUCAAGAACUCCGAAAAGCUCGGCUCUGACGGCAAAUGCUCUCCCAAGUGCACCAAACCUGAAGAGAAGUGGACGGAAGACACCGCCGACGGCCCUGUCUGCAAGCCCAAAUGCCCCGAGAAAGGUACCAGAUUCGUGAAAGACGGCAACAAGGAGACCGACCCCGCCUUCUGUGAGUGUAUCGAGGACUCUGAGAAGCUCAACUCCAACGGUCAGUGCGAACCCAAGUGCGAAAAGUCCGAGGAGAAGUGGACGGAAGAUACCGCCGAUGGCCCUGUCUGUAAGCCCAAGUGUCCCGAGGAAGGCACCGCCUUUGUCAAGGAUGGCGACAAGAAGUCCGAUCCUCCCGUCUGCAAGUGUAUCGCCGAUGAAGAGAAGCUCAACAAAGACGGCAAGUGUGUCCUCAAGUGUGAUAAGCCAGAGGAGAAGUGGACCGAGGAUGACAAAGACGGCCAGCCCAUCUGUGUCAAGAAGUGUCCCAAUUCCGACCAACAGUUUGUCAAGGAUGGCGAGGCGAAGACUGACCCUCCUGUGUGCGAGUGUGUUGCCAAGUCCGAGAAGCUUGAUAAUGGUGAUUGCAAACCCAAGUGCGUUAAGCCUUCAGAGAAGUGGACCAAGGACGACGAUAACGGCGACGCUGUCUGUGUCAAGAAGUGCGACAAGGAGGAUGAGAAGUGGGCUGGCGACAGCGAGGACAACGACAAGACCCCUAUUUGCGAGCCAAAAUGUCCCAAGACAGGUCAGAAGUGGGUCAGUGAUGGUGAGAAGGAGGACGACGAUCCUGUCUGUGGCUGUGUCAAGGACUCUGAGAAGCUUGACGGUGGUGAGUGUACGCCCAAGUGCCCUGUCGAUCACACUGUCUUUGUCAAGGAUGGUGAGGACGGCGAGCCUCCUGUCUGCGAGUGUGAUGACGAGAAGAGCUAUCUUACCAAGGACGGUUGCAAGCCCAAGUGCCCUAAAGACGCCACCUACAAGAAGGAUGGAGACAACUGGACCUGCGAGUGCCCCAACACAGGCGAGGUCUUCACCAAGGCCACCUCCGACUCCGGCCCCAAGUGCGCCUGCAACAGUGACGAGAAGCACGUCAAGGAUGGCAAGUGUGUCUCCAAGUGUCCAGCCGGAGCUACCUACCACGCCGAGACCAACGGCUACACCUGUGAUUGCUCCACUGCCAUCGCCGGCUCAGACUGGGACAAGGACAACAACUCGUGCGGCUGCCCUGCCAAGAACGCCGACACCGAGAAGCUCAUCCUCAACGACGCCAAGGACAAGUGUGUUCUCGACUGCGGCUCCGAAGCCAAGCUGAGCACCAGCGGCGACAAGUGCGAGUGCAAGACCACCUACGGCACAAAGUUCGACAAGAACCUGCGCCAAUGCCCCUGCGACGCGCCCGAGUUCAAACCCUCCAACGGCGUCUGCGUCCCCGACUGCGGCACCCAGGCUACACUGAACCGCGCCCGCACAGGCUGCGUCUGCAAGAAGAGCGGCCAGAAGUUCACCAUGAGUGACAAGUCCUGCGCCUGCGACUCACCGCUUGUGUGGUCCGACGGGUGCUGCCACAUGGCCUGCGGCAAGUAUGCCAACUGGGACAAGAGCCGCAAGGAGUGCGUGUGCCAGAAGCGCGGCCAGCUGUUCGACGACGCCUCUGCCACCUGCGCGUGUCCCGGUAAGAAGAUCUGGGACGGCAGCCAGUGCAUCCCCGACUGCGGUAACUACGCUACCUGGAACGGACGCAACAAGGCAUGUAUUUGCGACAAAAAGGGCCAGAUCUUCACACCCUCUACAAGUACCUGCGACUGUCCCGAGGGCGAGAAGUGGAUCGGUAACAAGUGCACUGUCGACUGUGGUGAUGAGGCGCAGCUGGAUAGGAGGACUGGUAAGUGUGCUUGCUAUAAGACGGGCCAGACGUUUGACAAGGUUACGCUUGGAUGUGCGUGCCCUGCUUCUGCGCCUGAGUGGAGCAGCAGAGCCAAGAAGUGCUUCAAGCCCAAGGCUUAG